AUGUCUUCGACUGAUAAAAAAUCUCAGGUAAUUAUCGAUUUAAAUAAAAUAUUAAAUGAGAAUGAUUUUACUGAAAUAAGACAAAUGGAAAAUGAAUUUAAAUUGAAUGGUUGGUGUUUUGUCUAUUUACCAAAAGAACUUAUUCCAGAUCCAAAAUUGCUCAAAGAAAUGACACUUUUUUCGUUUGGAUACAGGAAUAUAUGGUUAUUUGAAAGUGAUCCAUAA